AUGCUCGCCAACGGUGUGCAGAACCACCACCAGAAUCAUAACCACAACCACAACGCCUCUUCAACCCUCACAGAAACGACUACGGUGCCACCAUGUCUAGAACAACUUCCGGACCCAGAGCCCGAAUGCUCACAUGAGAAAGACGCUCAAUUACCACCUCCUCCUCCCCUCAGCGCCGUCGCGGCCGAUCUCCACAGUCGCGUGCAUAGCUUCCUCGCCGAAUCCCAUCCUCCAGACUCGCUGCUCGCUCGCGUCCAAGAGCAGACUCGAAUCUCGUUAUCGGUCAUCGAGCGCGCGCGAGCACAGUAUAAGAUCAGCGAACUCUCCCUCUCCUAUAAUGGCGGCAAGGACUGUCUCGUCCUGCUCAUCCUCUUCCUCGCCGGCUUACAUCCGCUCCCUGGCCCCGCGGACGGCGGCAUUUCUACCAUUCCUGCCAUCUAUGCGCUGCCACCGGAUCCAUUUCCCUUGGUCGAGGAUUUCGUCCGGUCCUCGUCGCGAAUGUAUCAUCUCAGUCUGACGCGCUAUACGACCGAGCCGCCCAAGACCACCUUGCGGUCGGCAUUCGCAAGCUACCUGACACUCAAUCCCAAUGUCAAGGCCAUCUUCGUCGGCACGAGGCGGACAGAUCCCCACGGUGCAAAGUUGACGCAUUUUGAUCGGACAGACCAUGGGUGGCCGGACUUUAUGCGCAUACAUCCUGUGAUUGACUGGCACUAUGCCGAGAUCUGGGCCUUUAUCCGACGCCUGGGCAUCGACUAUUGCUCGCUAUAUGAUCAAGGCUUCACCAGCCUGGGUGGCACGAGUAACACCCAUCCAAAUCCAAAGCUGAAGACCGCAGAAGAUGCUAACGACCAGCGCUACCGUCCGGCGUACGAAUUGAUGGAUGACCAGGAAGAAAGGCUAGGCCGACAUUGA